UUGUCUCGCACCCACGUUUCAGCAAGAAUUCGGGAAUCGAUAGGCUGGAGUCCACAACUUGCAGAUCGGUCCUCGAGGAGUCACUGAAAUGAUUUCUGCAGCUAUUCCAAACUGGACUAAAACAGCACAAUGAACACCUGCGCUUUUCUGCUGCUCCUGGCCGUUCAAAUCUACGCCGAAGGCAUAGAGGGACCAACAGCAGCAGGCUGCACCUUUGACGAGGAUUCUGAGCCCAGUCUGUGUGACUUCACCCAAGGCGAGGAGGAUGACUUUGACUGGCAGCUCUACCGGACACACAACUCGCCCUACGCCUCUUCUGACCUCCUGCCUGGUUCCUAUAUGCUGGUGAACUCUUCCCAGCAUGCUGCAGGGCAUCGCGCCCAGCUCCUGCUGCAGACGCUGAGUGAAAACGACACACACUGCGUCCAGUUCAGCUACUUCCUGUACAGCCGCGAUGGCCACAGUCCAGGGGCACUGCGGGCGUACGUUCGGGUCAACGGCGGCCCGCUGGGUAACCCAGUAUGGAACACGUCGGGGUCCCACGGACGACAGUGGCACCAAGUGGAGCUGGCUGUCAGCACCUUCUGGCCCAAUGAGUACCAGGUCCGGAUCGAAGCAACUGUUUCCAGGGAGCGGCGAGGCUACAUCGCCAUGGAUGACAUCAUGCUCCUGACCUAUCCCUGUUAUAAGGCGCCCCACUUCUCCCGGCUGGGAGAUGAGGAAGUCAACGCUGGGCAGAAUGCCACCUUCCAGUGUGUGGCAUCGGGCCGGGCAUCGGAAGCUGAGAAGUUCCUACUGGAGAGGCCCAGUGGGGACGUGAUAGCUACAGCCUUGGUUAAGCACCUGAGUCACCGGCGCUUUGUGGCCUCAUUCCAGGUGGACAGUGUGCAGCGCAACGACCAGGACUUGUACCGAUGUGUCACCCAGUCCUCCAGAGGCUCUGGGGUCUCCAACUUCGCUGAGCUCAUUGUCAAAGUUCCACCCUCUCCUAUUGCGCCCCCACAGCUGCUGCGAGCGGGCUCCACAUAUCUGAUCAUCCAGCUCAACACGAACUCCAUCCUGGGAGAUGGCCCUAUCAUCAGGAAGGAGAUUGAGUACCGGGCCAGCCACUCACCUUGGUCCGAGGUCCAUGGGGUCAACAUGGUCAGCUACAAGCUGUGGCAUCUGGACCCAGACACGGAGUAUCACAUAAGUGUGUUGCUGACCCGGCCCGGAGAGGGCGGCACCGGACCACCCGGACCACCCCUCAUCAGCAGGACUAAGUGUGCAGAACCAACACGGGCCUUGCGAGGUCUCACAGCCUCAGAGAUCCAGUCCAGGCAGCUGACCCUGCAGUGGGAGACGCUGGCCUACAACUUGACCCGCUGCCACACCUACUCUGUGUCCCUGUGCUACCGCUAUGCCACCGCAGGGGGCGGCGGCGGGCACAACACUACUGUGCGCGAGUGCCUGGCGGUGGAGCACAAUGCCUCACGCUUCACCCUGCGCGACCUGCCGGCCUACCAUUCCAUCCGGGUCCGUCUGGCGCUUGCCAACCCUGAGGGCAAGAAGGAGGGUCGGGAGGUCACCUUUCAGACUGAAGAGGACAUACCCGGUGGCAUCGCCCCUGAAUCGCUGACCUUCACCCCCCUGGAGGACAUGAUUUUCCUCAAGUGGGAGGAGCCAGUGGAACCCAAUGGUCUCAUCACCCAAUACGAGAUCAGCUAUCAGAGCAUUGAGUCGUCUGACCCGGGCAUCAACGUGCCAGGACCUAGGAGAACAGUGUCGAAGUUGAGGAACGAAACCUAUCACAUGUUCUCCAACCUUCACCCUGGCACCACAUAUCUGAUUUCUGUCCGCGCCCGCACAACCAAGGGCUUCGGCCAGACCGCCCUAACUGAGAUCACCACCAACAUUUCAGCUCCUAUGUUUGACUAUGGAGACAUGCCGUCCCCUCUCAGUGAAACAGAGCGCACGAUCACUGUGUUGCUUCGCCCCGCCCUGGGCAGGGGAGCACCCGUCAGUACGUACCAGGUUGUGGUAGAGGAGGAGAGUGGCAGGAAGGUGAAGAGGGAACUGGGGGUUCAGGACUGUUACCCUCUGCCCAUGUCCCAUGGGGAGGCCCAAGCCAGAGGGACCCCUCACUACUACACGGCCGAGCUGCCUCCCAGCAGCCUGCUUGAAGCCAGCCCCUUCACAGUGGGGGACAACCACACCUACAAUGGUUACUGGAACACCCCGCUGGACCCCCGCAAGAGCUACCUCGUCUACUUCCAGGCCAUGAGCAACUUCAGAGGGGAAACGAGAAUAAACUGCAUCCGAAUAGCCCGGAAAGCGGCCUGUAAGGACCACCGACGGGCUCUGGAGGUGUCCCAACACUCAGAGGAGAUGGGGCUGAUCCUGGGGGUGUGUGCUGGGGGCCUGGUGGUGCUCAUCCUGCUCCUGGGGGCUAUCAUCAUUGUCAUCAGGAAGGGGAAGCCAGUGAACAUAAAUAAGACACCCAUAACGUACCGUCAGGAGAAGAGUCACAUGGGUUCGAUGGAGCGCAGUUUCACUGACCAGAGUACCCUGCAGGAGGAUGAGCGCAUGGCCCUCUCUGCAGCACGCAUGGCACACACCUGCAGCACGCGCAGUGAGCAGCGUAGCUCAGUGAACGAGUCCAGUAGUCUUCUGAGGGGUUCGCCGCGACGCCAGUGUGGGCGUAAGGGCUCACCCUACCACACUGGUCAGCUCCACCCUGCUGUGCGCGUGGCCGACCUUCUCCAACACAUCAACCAGAUGAAAACUGCAGAGGGCUACGGCUUCAAACAGGAGUAUGAGAGCUUCUUUGAUGGCUGGGACUGCACCAAAAAGAAGGACAAAACUAAAGGGAGGCAUGACACGUUGAUGGGAUGUAAGUCAUCAUGGACAUGCCAGCCCUCUUGUGACGAAAGCACUGAUCACCAUGACUGCCACAGAGUCAAGCUCCACCCACUCCUGGGAGACCCCAACUCUGACUACAUCAACGCCAACUACAUAGACGGCUACCAUCGAUCCAACCACUUCAUAGCAACUCAGGGGCCCAAACAGGAGACAGUGUAUGACUUCUGGAGGAUGGUGUGGCAGGAGAACUGCUUCAGCAUCGUCAUGAUCACUAAACUGGUAGAGGUAGGCAGGGUGAAAUGCUGUAAAUACUGGCCUGAUGACAGUGAGAUGUAUGGAGACAUCAAGAUUACACUGCUGAAGACGGAAACACUUUCAGAGUACACCGUUCGUACUUUUGCCAUGGAGAGGAGGGGCUACUCAGCUAAACACGAGGUGCGUCAGUUCCACUUCACGUCCUGGCCGGAGCAUGGGGUUCCCUACCACGCCACAGGCCUGCUGGCCUUCAUACGGCGGGUCAAAGCAUCCACUCCCCCUGAUGCCGGACCCGUGGUCGUCCACUGCAGUGUGGGGGCGGGCCGCACAGGCUGCUACAUCGUGCUGGACGUCAUGCUGGACAUGGCCGAGUGUGAGGGCGUGGUGGACAUCUACAACUGUGUCAAAACCCUGUGCUCACGACGCAUUAACAUGAUCCAGACAGAGGAGCAGUACAUAUUCAUCCAUGAUGCCAUCCUGGAGGCUUGUCUGUGUGGAGAGACGGCCAUUUUGGUGAAUGAGUUUGCCCUCACCUACAAAGACAUGCUGAGGGUGGACUCUCAGAGCAACUCCUCCCAGCUACGAGAAGAGUUCCAGACGUUGAACUCGGUCACCCCUCACCUGGACGUGGAGGAGUGCAGCAUCGCCCUGCUCCCCAGGAACCGGGAGAAGAACCGCAGCAUGGACGUGCUGCCGCCCGACCGUGCCCUGGCAUUCCUGGUCACCACUGAGGGCGAGAGCAACAACUACAUCAACGCGGCACUCACUGACAGCUUCCACCAGCCCGCCGCCUUCAUCGUCACCCCUCACCCACUCCCCGGCACCACCGCCGACUUCUGGAGGUUGGUGUUCGACUACGGCUGCACCUCGGUGGUCAUGCUCAACCAGCUCAACCAGUCCAACUCUGCCAGGCCCUGUGUCCAGUACUGGCCAGAGCCUGGUCUACAGCAGUAUGGGCCAAUGGAGGUUGAAUUCCUGUCCACGUCAGCUGACGACGACGUCAUCACUCGUCUGUUCCGUGUCAAAAACGUGACAAGACUCCAGGAGGGCCAGCUGGUGGUGUGUCAGUUCCAGUUCCUGCGCUGGUCAGCCUACCGUGACGUGCCCGACUCCAAGAAGGCCUUCCUCAGCCUGCUGGCUCAUGUGCACAAGUGGCAGAGGGAGUGUGGAGAUGGCCGCACCGUUGUCCACUGCCUGAGCGGCGGUGGGCGCUGUGGGACAUUCUGUGCCAGCACCAUCCUGCUGGAGAUGAUCCAGUACCAGAACAUGGUGGACAUCUUCUACUCCGUCAAGACGCUCCGCAACUCCAAACCCAACAUGGUGGAGUCAUUGGACCAGUACCGAUUCUGCUACGACCUUAUCCUGGAGUACUUGGACUGCAUAGAAGAUAGCAUGAGAUAGCAAUGUUCCGUAGCUGGUGCAUCUCGUGGGCUGUGACCGCUGACUGGGUUACAUACCCUGUGACCCCCUCAACAUUUACUUUAUUGUUUGGAUUAAUGGGCCUAAACUGUUGUGAAGGACAACAAUAGAAAAAAAAUUAAAAGGGGUAAGUGCUCCUCACUUUUAACCCUUAAAUGUAUAGCUGUGGUUUUCUUCAUUUUAUUGUUGACGUUGUUGUUGUUUUCAUUUCUGAUACUUUCAGCUUCGUUUGUGUGCGUUUUUGGUCUUUCCCUCUACUGGAACUCUUUUGUGCGAAAUGUUUUAUUGUCGUCAAUGAUGGAGAAACAUGAGAGAGUACAAAGUACCUGUGGAGAGAUCGCCCUGCCUUUCAUAAUUUUCUUCAAACAUGAGCGGCCUGGACAGUUUGUCUUGCUAAAAACAGAAUUUGACUCUCUGCAUGAAAGUGUUCCAGGUUUCUCCAAGAGCCACAGCAACUGCAGUGUACUGUGGUGAAUACAAGAUAUCUCUACCACAAACUGCCUUACCGUUCCCUAACACUGGGGAAUAUAUAGUACAACUCAAUGGAAGGAUUUCAAUGGGCUACAUGAACAACAAUGCUUUGUGUAGUGCUAUGAUAAAUAGAUGAGUCAUUGAGACAUAGGAGGAUGAAGUACAAUUUGAUGUGUUUGCCGCUUUUUGUGAUGGGCCAUCCUGGUAUGUCAUAAGACUGAUCCAAUUCCCAUCAAAAGGGAUGCCUAACCUGUCACUUAAUUUUAAUCGUGCCAAUCCCACAGACUGACUUGAAUCCUGUCUUCCACGUGUUCUACUCCUUCAUGUUGAUGCAUGUAUAGUGCAUUCUGAAAGUAUUCAGACCCCUUGACUUUUUCCACAUUUUAUUCUGUUACAGCCUUAUUCUAACAUGGAUUACAUAAUUUUCCCCCUCAUCAAUCUACACACAAUACCCCAUAAUGACAAAGCAAAAACAGUUUUAAAAAUAUUUUUGACAAACGGAAAUACCUUAUUUACAGACCCUUUGCUAACAUCCUUGGGAUGUUUCUACAACUUCAUUGGAGUCCACAUGUGGUAAAUUCAAUUGAUUAGACAUGAUUUCGAAAGGCACACACCUGUCUAUAUAAGGUCCCACAAUUGACAGUGCAUUACAGAGCAAAAACCAAGCCAUGAGAUUGAAGGAUUUGUCCGUACAGCUCGCAGACAGGAUUGUGUCGAGGCACAGAUCUGGGGAAGGGUACCAAAACAUUUAUGCAGCAUUGAAGGUCAUCAUUCUUAAAUGGAAGAAGUUUGGAACCAUCAAGACUUUUCCUAGGGCUGGCCGCCCAAACGGGGGAGGAGGGCCUUAGUCUGGGAGGUGACCAAGAACCCAAUGGUCACUCUGACAGAGCUCCAGAGUUCCUCUGUGGAGAUGGGAGAACCUUCCAGAAGGACAACCAUCUCUGCAGCUUUCCACCAAUCGGGCAUCUAUGGUAGAGUGGCCAGACGGAAGCCACUCCUCAGUAAAAGGCACAUGACAGCCCGCUUGGAGUUUGACAAAGGCACCUAAAGACUCUCAGGCCCUGAGAAACAAGAUUCUCUGGUCUAAUGAAACCAAGAUUGAACUCUUUGACCUGAAUGCGAAGCAUAGCAUCUGGGGGUAACCUGGCACCAUCCCUACGGUGAAGCAUGGUGGUGGCAGCAUAAUGACGUGGGGAUGUUUUUCAGUGGCAGGUACUGGGACACUAGUCAGGAUCGCGGGAAAGAUUAACGGAGCAAAGUACAGAGAUUCUUGAUGAAAUCCUGCUCCAGAGCGUUCACCUCAGACUGGGGUGAAGGUUUAGCUUCCAUCAGGACAACGACCCUAACCAAACAGCCAAGACAGCGCAGGAGUGGCUUGAUGUUCUUGAGUGGCCCAGCCAGAGCCCUGACUUGAACCCGAUCGAACAUCUCUGGAGACACCUGAAAAUAGCUCUGCAGCUCUGACAGAGCUUGAGAGGCUCUGCAGAGUUGAAUGGGAGAAACUCCCCAAAUACAGGUGUGCCUAGCUUUUAGCUUCAUUACAUAAGAAGACUCAAGGCUGUAAUCGCUGCAAAAGGUGCUUCAACAAAGUACUGAGUAAAGGGUCUGAAUACUUAUGUAAAUGUAAUAUUUCAGUGUUUUAUUUGUAAUCAAUUUACAAAAAUGUCUAAAACCUGUUUUUGCUUUGUCAUUAUGGUGUAUUUUGUUUAGAUUGGAGAGGGGGAAAAAACAAAUGAAUCCCUUUUAGAAUAAGGCUGUAACAAAAUGUGGGAAAAGUCAGGGGGUCUAAAUACUUUCCCGAAGGCACUGUAUUGGUAAAGCCACUUUUCUAAAUGUGGAGGUGUACAAUAUGAUGAUCCCCUUAUGCAGUGGUCUUGAAAGCAGUGCAGUUGUACAGAUAGAUUUAAGAGGCCGAGUCAUUAGAGAAAAAUGUACAGUAUAAGACAUGUAAAGAGUUAAAACUGCCACUUUUUCUGUGACCACUUGUCUAUAUGGGCAGUCCUUGUAGGACAUCUAUGUUCUCUAUCAUUUGGUGUGGUUUGACUCCCAGAUAGGAAUCCCUAAAGGGAAUACAAUUGAAGAGAUACUCAAAUACAUUUAAAUAUAAAUUGGACCAUGCUUCAUAAAUGUGUUCUUACUUUUUAUGUACCAUAGUGUAUUUAUCUACCAUGUUAGUCAAGUUGAUAAGUACUGUACGGUGUAUGCCACACAUCUAAUUUGUCCAAUAUGUUCUACUGUGCUGGGGACUCCAUUGAUGUUCACACCAUGCUCAGUAGUUAUAAUUAAAUAAACAGGGGGAGUGGAAAACCUGGUUUUCCCCAAUCUGGACCUUGUUCCACAAUAUAGACUUGUGUAGCUAACCCAUUAGACCCUGUCUGUAUGAAAAUACACAGCUCGUAUAUGCAUGUUGGAAUGUGUAGCCUAUUAUAUGAUCUGUCCUGAGACCCUGAUCCCAAAUUAAAUGAAAAGUGCCCAUAACCCAUAGAACACUAACAUGAAGCAAAUCCCCUUUGGGAUUUUAAAUAUAACAUUUGGUGGCUAAAUCAAGGGUCAGUAAACCAGUAUUGCAGUCUCUACUAAUGCCCACUAAGUGAGAACAUUAGCAGUUUGCUUUUUCUGCAGAUGAUCUCAGGGUCUGCUGUAAUGGUGGUGCAAAUGUCACUCCUAUUGACCAGGAGUUCCUCCUCCUCUAAAAAGCACUCUCCUGGGGACUGGGACCGUACAAUGAGUGGCAUUCGCCCCAACCACGGCAGCUAAGACAGACCUGCUAGUUCUUAAAUCUGCGGUCUGGUCAAAGCACCAGGAUGGAAGAAGUAGAGAAAGAGACAGUAUUCCAGACCCCAACAGGGUCUUAAAAAUCUGACAGUUAUGCAUCUUUUUCAUGCAAAACUGGAUUAGAAAAAUGUUAAGGUUUGCUAGUGCAGUGCUUCCUGGGUUCUGUUGGGCACUUCAUGAACAAAACAUUGCUCGUCUUUGAAAUCCCUGGAGUACAAAAGAAAGUGCCUGGACACUUACUUGAGGUUUGAGAGUAUAUGUGUACAUAUCGAUGUAUAUUUACUGUAUGUUCUGUGAAUAAUUCCUAUCUGUUUGCCCAGAGUAAAGAUGUACAGUAAGUGACCACAAAGCUGAAUGUACUGUACAUGACCAUCAUUCUAGUCCCAUCUUGGUUCUAACUUGCAUCUUUUGUCCUGAUCUUGUCUACAUUCUGAUUGUGCCCACAUUUUGUGACCAGUGUAGACGAUCAAAAGACACAUUGUGAAUCAGAUCCUCCUGCCCACCUCAAGAGGUAGUCAGACACAAUCUAUCUGUAACAGAGAAACCCUUUAAAUCAUAAUUAUUCAUCAAUCAAAUUGAUUUAUGAUGCCCUGUUUACAUCAGCCGAUGUCACAAAGCGCUGUACAGAAACCCAGCCUAAAACCCCAAACAGCAAGCAAUGCAGAUAUAGAAGCACGGUGGCUAGGAAAAACUCCCUAGAAAGGCCGGAACCUAGGAAGAAACCAGGCUCUGAGGGGUGCCCAUUCCUCUUCUGGCUGGGCCGGUUGAAGAUUAUAACAAAACAUGGCCAAGAUGUUCAAACGUUCAUUGAUGACCAGCACGGUCAUGUAAUAAUAAUCACAGUGGUUGGUCAGCAGGUCAGCAUCUCAGGAAAAAAUCUCAGUUGACUUUUCAUAGCCGAUCAUUCAGAGUUAGAGACAGCAGGUGAGGUAGAGAGUGAGUCCAAAACAGAAGGACCAGGACAAGGUAGGACAUCCAGUGAACAGGUCAGGGUUCCAUGGCCGCAAGCAGAACAGUUGAAACUGGAGCAGCAGCAUGACCAGGUGGACUGGGGACAGCAAGGAGUCAUCAGGCCAGGUAGCCCUGAGGCAUAGUCCUAGAGCUCAUGUCCUCCUAAUGAAGAGAGAGAGAAUUAGAGGGAGCAUACUUAAAUUCACACAGGACACUGGAUAAGACCGGAUAAAUACUCCAGAUAUAACAGAAUGACAGAAUGACCCUAGCCCCCCAACAAAAACCAUUGCAGCAUAAAUACUGGAGGCUGAGACAAGAGGGGUCGGGAGACACAGUGGCCCUGUCUGUCGAUACCCCCGGACAGGGCCAAUCAGGCAAACAGCACAGCCCCCACACCACUAGAGGGAUAUCUUCAACCACCGACUUACUACCCUGAGACAAGGCCGAGUAUAGCCCACGGAGAUGUCCCCCACUUCAUGAACCCGAGGGGGGCGCCAACCCGGUCAGGAAGAUCACGUAAGUGACUCAACCCACUCAAGUGACGCUUCCCUACUAGGCAUGGCAUGGAAGAGCGCCAGUAACUGAGCCCCCGUAAUAGGGUUUGAUGUUAGAGAAUCCCAGUGGAGAGAAGGGAACCGGCCAGGCAGAGACAGCAAGGGUGGUUUGUUGGUCCAGUGCCUUUCCGUUCACCUUCACACCCCUGGGCCAGAUUACACUCAAUCAUAGGACCUACUGAAGAGAUGAGUAUUCAAUAAAGAGUUAAAGGGCGAGACCGAGUCUGCGUAGAGAAGCUAGCACUGGAGUAAUAUGAUCAAACUGUUUGGUUCUAGUCAAGAUUCUAGCAGCCGUGUUUAGCACUAACUGAGGUUUAUUUAGUGCUUUAUCCUAGUAGCCAGAAAGUAGAGCAUUGCAGUAGUCUAAUCUAGAAGUGACAAAAGAAGGGAUACAUUUUUCUGCAUUUUGGAAAGAAAGUUUUUGAUUUUUGCGAUGUUACGAAGAUCUGUCCUUGAAAGAUUCUUGACGUAUUCGGCAAAAGAGAGAUCAGGGUCCAGAGUAACGCAGAGGUCCAUCAAGAUUAAUUAUCAGAUCCAACAGAAGACAUCUUUGUUUCUUGGGACCUAGAACAAGCAUCUCUGUUUUGUCCGAGUUUAAAAGUAAAAAAUGUGCCGCCAUCCACUUCCUUAUGUCUGAAACACAGGCUUCCAGGGAGGGCAAUUUUGGGGCUUCACCAUGUUUCAUAGAAAUGUACAACUGUGUAUCGUCCAUAUAGCUUUGUUUCCAAAUGACAUUACCAAGAGGUACAGUAUAUAUUGAAUAACAAUGAUGGUCCUAAAACAGAACCUUGAGGAACACCGACAUUUACAGUUGAUUUGCCAGAAGACAAACCAUCCACAGAGAGAAACUGAUAUCUUUCUGAUAGAUAAGAUCUAAAUCAGGCCAAAACUUGUCCGUGUAGACCAAUUUGGGUUUCCAAUCUCUCUGUGGAUGGAAUGUGGUGAUUGAUGGAAUCAAAAGAAUGUGGUGAUCGAUGGCAUCAAAAGCAGGUCUAGGAGCACGAGGACAGAUGCAGAGCCUUGGUCUGACGCUAUUAAAAGGUCAUUUUACCACCUUCACGAGUGCAGUCUCAGGGCUAUGAUGGGGUCUAAAACCAGACUGAAGCGCUUCGUAUAGAUUGUUUGUCUUUUGGAAGGCAGUGAGUUGCUGCGCUAAAGAGUUGUACUUUUUUUGAGAGGAAUGGGUGAUUCAAUAUAGGCCGAUUAGUUUUUAAAAUAUUUUCUGGGUCAUGGUUUGGCUUUUUCAAGAGAGGCUUUAUUACUGCCACGUUUAGUGAGUUUGGUACACAUCUGGUGGAUAGGGAGCCGUUUAUUAUGUUCAACAUAGGAGAGGGCCAAGCACAGGAAGCAGCUCUUUCAGUAGUUUAGUUGGAAUAGGAUCCAGUAUGCAACUUGAAGGUUUAGAGCCAAGACUAUUUUCAUGAAUGUGUCAAGAGAUAUAGUUUUAAAAAAAACUUGAAUGUCUCCUUUGAUCCUAGGUCCUGGCAGUGUUGUGCAGACAACUGAGCUUUGGAGAGAUACGAAGAUUUAAAGAGGAGUCCAUAAUUUGCUUUCUAAUGAUCAUGAUCCUUUUUGUCAAAAAAGUUCAUGAAUUUCUCACUGCUGAAGUGAAAACCAUCCCAUCCUCCCUCUCUAGCUUUCCAACAGUAUCAAAAAUACAUUUGGGAUUGUUCUUAUUCUCCUCAAUUAAGUUGGAAAAAUAGGAUGAUCGAGCAGCACUGCUCUUCGAUACUGCACGGUACUGUCUUUCCAAGCGAGUCGGGAAGAUUUCCAGUUUGGUGUAGCGCCAUUUCCAUUCCAAUUUUCUGGAAGCUUGCUUCAGAGAUCGGGUAUUUUCUGUUUACCAGGUAGAUUCUUAUGACAAAUGUUUUUUGUUUUUGGGGUGCCACUGCGUCUAGGGUAUUACGCAAGAUUAAAUGUAGUUCCUCCGUUAGGUGGUGAACUGAUUUUUGUUCUCUGAAGUCCUUGGAUAGGUGGAGGGAGUCUGGAAGGGCAUCUAGGAGUCUUUGGGUUGUCUGGGAAUUUAUAGCACGGCUUUUGAUGAUCGUUGGUUGGGGUCUGAGCAGAUUAUUUGUUGCAAUUGCAAACGUAAGAAAAUGGUGGUCCAGGAUUGUGAGGAAAAACAUUAAGAUCCACAAUAUUUAUUCCACAGGAAAGCCUUUUGGAGUGGGUCUGUGGACCUUUCCAUGUGAAUAUUACCUGCCAUGACAACAAGGUCCGAUAAGAAUUCAGGGAACUCAGUGAGGAACGCUGUAUACAGCCCAGGAGGCCUGUAAAAUAGUAGCUAUAAAAAGUGAUUGAGCAGGCUGCAUAGAUUUCAUGACUUGAAGCUCAAAUUACAAUAUUAGCAACACCUCCGCCUUUGUGGGAUGCGCGGAUGAUAUGGUCACUAGUGUAACCAGGAGGAGAGGCCUCAUUUAACACAGUAAAUUCAUCAGGAACAAGCCAUGUUUCAGUCAGGCCAAUCACAUCAAGAUUAUGAUCAGUGGUUAGUUCAUUGCCUCUAACUUCCUUGGAAGUGAGGGGUCUAACAUUAAGUAGCCCUAUUUUGAGAUGAGAUAUCACAACCUCUUUCAAUAAUGACAGGAAUGGAGGAGGUCUUUAAUUCCAGUGAGAUUGCUAAGGCGAACACCACCAUGUUUAGUUUUACCCAGCCUAGAUCGAGGCACAGACACAGUCUCAAUGGGGAUAGCUGAGCUGACUACACUGACUAUGCUAGUGGCUGACUCCAGUAAGCUGGCAGGGUGGCUAACAGCCUGCUGCCUGGCCUGCACCCUAUCUCAUUGUGGAGUUAGAGCCCUGUUCAUAGAUAAGAGGAGAGCACCCGUCCAGCUAGGAUGGAGUCAGUCACUUCUCAGCAGGUCAGGCUUGGUCCUGUUUGUGGGUCCUGUUUGUGAGUCCCAGAAAGAGGGCCAAUUAUCUACAAAUUCUAUCUUUUGGGAGGGACAAACGGUUUUCAACCAGCGAUUGAGUUGUGAGACCCUGCUGUAGAGCUCAUCACUCCCCCUAACUGGGAGGGGGCCAGAGACAAUUACUCGAUGCCGACACAUCUUUCUAGCUGAUUUACACGCUUGAAGCUAUGUUGUGCUUGGUGACCUGUGACUGUUUCAUCCUAACAUCAUCGGUGCCGACGUGGAUAACAAUAUCCCUAUACUCACCAGUUUUAGCCUUAGUCAGCACCAUCUUCAGAUUAGCCUUAACGUCGGUAGCCCUGCCCCCUGGUAAACGGUGUUUGAUUUCUGGAUGAUUAUUUUUUAAGUCUAAUACUGCAGGUCAUGGAGUCGCCAAUGACUUGGGUGUUCAAUUUGUUAGAGGUAAUGGUGGGAGGCUUCGGCGUCUCAGACCCUGUAACCGGUGGAGGAAAGACAAAAGAAGACUCUGACUCUUGACUCUGACUCGUUGAUUAAUGGGGAGAACCGGUUGAAAGUUUCUGUCGGCUGAAUGAGCGACACCGGUUGAGCAUUCCUACAGCAUUUCCUUCCAGAAGCCAUGAGAAAAUUGUCGAGCUGCGGGGAUUGUGUGCGGGGAUUUAUGCUACAAUCUGUAUUUAUUGGUGGCACAGAAGCUGUUUCAUACUUUCCUACACUUAAAUUACCCUUGCUUAACGAUUGCGUCUGAAGCUGGGCUUGCAGCACGGCUAUCCUCACCAUUCUCCUGUAUAUCAUGAGUACAGCGACUGCAAUUAGAAGGCAUCAUGUUAAUGUUACUGCUUAGCUUCGGCUGGUGGAAGUUGUGUAGAACCAUGUCCAGAUAAAGUGUCCUGGGUGAAAAAAGUCAAGCGAGGGGAAAAAUAUAUAUAUAAAACGGUAAUUAAAAAGUAAAAAACGUAAACAAGUCUACAAAUCUUUGACAGAUGGCACUAUUGACUGAUUACAUAAAUAUGUCUUACGUGCCCAAUAAAUAAUUUAUAUUUUGAAAGAAUAGCUGUGAAAUAAUUAGCAUAAAGGAAGGGACCUGUAAAUCUGUUCACAGUGCAGACACAGUGGACAGAUAAGACAAAUUUUAUUUGAUUUCUGCAUUGUUGGGGUUAGAGCUUGCAAGAAAUGCAUUUCACUGUACUUGAAACUUUUAAUACCAUGUGUAGACACAUUUAUGGAAGUGUGGGUACAAUCAGAAUGUAGACAAGAUCAGGACAAAGGACCUAUUUUAACACCAGGUAUAAACGGGGUCUAUGAGUUUAAUGCAGUCAGAUUAUUUGCCACAUUUUGCCAACGAUCGUGGACAUUUCAAAGCCCCUUCUUCUAAAAAAACAUGCCUCUGACCAUUAACGCAUGUCCAAAUGUUCAAAUCAGUUUGCCUUUUUCUUCCACAGACAUUCUCAUUUGUGUUACUUGGUGCUCUAUUCAAUCUGUAAAGCUGAAGCAUUACAGAAUACGCCAUAGAAAUGUAAAGGUAAUUUCCGAUUGUGCCGACAUUUACCGACGUUUACCAUGAAUGCAGUCUCUGCUAAAGCAGGAACAUUACCUUUCAAUUUAAAUCACGCUGUAAAGUUGAAUUUCACAGUGCAGAUUGAAUAGAGCCUUUGAUUAUAAUUCUGAUCUGCAUCAUUACUGUGUAUUUCCACAUAGCUGUCACAGUGUGAACUGAACGCAAUUGACUUUUACUUUUUCAAAGCUCUCAUCAUGCUUUUGUAACGACAGUAAUUGCUUGAGUGGGCCGCCUCCAUUCGUUCCUUCUUGAGUGUUUUUGUAUAAUAUUGGAACAAGAGUACUGUGUUUCUGACCAUGUAUUUGUGGGGCAGGGUGUGUAUGUAAAAAGAGAGAGAGGGAGGCAAAGGAAAGGAAAUAUAUUUGGCGGGUGGGAGUGGGUUUUUGUUCUGAAGAAUAACAACCAUCAACAAUAAAAAUGUAUUGA